AUGGCGCAAGCCACAAGUCAUACGAAGGCAGUUGUCGCACCCUUUUCCAUAGCGCUCGUUCCUCCGCAUGCCGGGGCGGUAGCGGCGGCGCCAAAUGCGGCGCCAUUCGCGGGAGAUAUCGAGACGCCGUUAAUCGAGCCAUCGGGCUCUCUGGGCGCUAGUGUGCCCGCUGGCACGCGCGUGGUGCGCCCAUGGGGAAGGGG